AUCGUGUGGGAGGGCAGGACGAAGACCGGAAAGAGAGACCAGAGCUGUGGAUAAAUACAGGUUAACAUAAGACUGCUUGUAAAUAACAGUGCUACUAGCUACUUAGAAGUGGCAGAAUUAACCAAAGGUAGAUUUUGAAGAAAAUUUUUGAAGCAGAGAAAAUGAAACUGCUCGCAGAGUUGAGCAAAAUGUUCAUUUUGGUGCCUAUAUGAGAGUGCGUGUCAGAUAUGGGCGGGUUGCGUCAACAUAUGGCUCUGGCUGCAGUGUGAAGUUGGGAAAUACGCUUGACCUCGUGGAGGAGAAACAAACUGGAUUAAACGGGGCCAGCAGCUGCAAAGGGAGGACGAGGAGUAAAUAAUCGGUAAUUCGUGCUGCUUGCAAAACGAGUCCUGGGAAGAAGAAAGGACCCAAUAAACUGCCGUCAUAUCUGAGUAAAGUGGCUCUGGUUUGACCUCACUUCGUCCGAAAGCAGCAGCAGAGACUCUGCACCACAGCUGCUCUCCAUCAUGGCGGGAGAUAUGAUGCUGCUGAUGCGAGGAUUAGCGAAGCUGAGUCAGGCGGUCGCUGAGACUCAAAGUAACACCCUGCGCUCUGGAGCAGGAGUCCAAGGAGUCGGUGCUGCUGUCCAAAGUGUCCAAUCUGCUGCAGAACAAGGCCUUUCUGCAGCCAUGAUGAAGAUACAGGAGAUGUCCGGUCAGCAGCAAACGUUCUCAUCGGAGUCAGAUUUUGACUUUCCUCAGGACGACGCUGCAUUCAUGGCUUCAGAGUUCAGGGAGGACGGAUCGGAUUUUAACGUGGAUCAUUCAGGAGGCGGUGAGGAUGCAGCAGCAGCAGCGGCGUCGAGUCACGUUGGUGGGAAACAAUCAGUGUUUGACGGAUACAAAGAUCCAAGCAAACAGUUCAGUGGACAAACCAGAACGUACCACCAAGCUGCCAGACACUUCAUCGGACACCAUCACCUCUACAGCCACAGACUGAACAGACACGUGUGGACUCAGCAUCACUGUCAGCAGCUCAGGAGCUACCAUCAGGACCCGUCCAGUGUCGGAGGACUGACCGCCGAGGACAUAGAAAAAGCCCGACAGAGCAAAAGGCCUGAGAUGAAGCCACACAAACAGAUGCUGAGUGAAAGAGCCAGAGAGAGGAAAGUGCCGGUGACUCGACUCGGCAGACUCGCCAACUUUGGAGGUUUAGCAGUAGGUUUGGGAAUUGGAGCUUUGGCAGAAGUCGCCAAGAAAACCAUCAGGCACAACGGAGCUGCAGGCGAGAAUAAAAAAGCAGUUCUGGACUCGAGCCCUUUUCUGUCCGAAGCCAACGCUGAACGCAUCGUCAGGACUUUGUGCAAAGUCCGAGGAGCUGCGCUGAAACUGGGACAGAUGCUCAGUAUUCAAGACGAUGCUUUCAUCAACCCUCAACUCGCCAAGAUCUUUGACCGCGUCAGACAGAGCGCGGACUUCAUGCCCAUCAAACAAAUGACAAAAGCUCUGAACUCUGAUCUGGGCCCAAACUGGAGGGACAAACUGGAGUCGUUCGAGGAGCGUCCGUUUGCAGCAGCGUCCAUCGGUCAGGUUCACCUGGCGAGGAUGAAGGACGGCCGGGAGGUGGCCAUGAAAAUACAGUAUCCUGGUGUCGCUCAGAGCAUCAACAGUGACGUCAACAACCUGAUGACCGUUCUGAACAUGAGCAACGCUCUGCCCGAAGGUUUGUUUCCAGAGCAUCUCAUAGACGUGAUGAGGAAAGAGCUGGCGCUGGAGUGUGACUACAUCAGAGAAGCUCAGUGUGCAAAGAAGUUCAGGGAGCUGCUGAAGGAUCAUCCCUUCUUCUACGUACCGGAGGUGAUCGAGGAGCUGAGCAGCAGGCACGUUCUCACCACCGAGCUGGUCCCAGGGUUUCCUCUGGACCAGGCCGAGAGUCUGACACAGGAGCUGAAGAACGAGAUCUGCCAGAACAUCCUGACAUUGUGCCUCAGAGAACUGUUUGAGUUCAGAUACAUGCAGACCGACCCCAACUGGUCCAACUUCUUCUACGAUCCACAGACACACAGGGUGGCGCUGUUGGACUUUGGAGCCACAAGAGGAUUUGAUAAAAGCUUCACUGACGUCUACAUAGAAAUAAUCCGCUCAGCCUCUGAAGGCGACAGAGACGGAGUUCUGAAGAAAUCCAUCGAGAUGAAGUUCCUGACCGGGUACGAGUCCAAGGCGAUGAUAAACGCCCACGUGGACGCCGUGAUGAUUCUCGGUGAAGCCUUCGCCUCCACGGAAACCUUUGACUUCGGCUCCCAGUCGACCACCGAGCGGAUCCACAACCUGAUCCCGGUGAUGCUCAAACACCGACUCACGCCGCCGCCGGAGGAAACGUACUCGCUGCACCGCAAGAUGGGCGGAUCCUUCCUCAUCUGCUCGCGGCUCAACGCCAAGCUGCAGUGCAACGACAUGUUCCAGUCGUCCUAUCAGAAGUACUGGGAGGGACGCACGCCGCCGUCAGCCUGAGCCAAUCGGAGGCCGCCGUUGUGACGGACGGAGCAGCAGCGUCGAUGGUGUGGAGCGGAGGCCAUGUUACCCGAGCGUCUUUCCUGUUCUGUGGUUUUGAAAGAGCUUUAUGCGUAAUUGCAGGCGCCGUUCUUUGGUUUGGAAGAGGGAGCAGCAGCACAUCUGCACCGUUUGAGGCCAAACAUCUGUGUGGAAAAACGAAAAGAGGAACCGCUGUGUUUUAAAUGAAUGUAAAAAGGUUGGAAUUUUAUCUCUGCUCUGGUGAUUUUAUUUUUUUCUUCUUGCGUUUUGUGUUGCUGUGUUUUGUUGAACUUUGGAAUAAUCCCUUCAACUCUCCAGUUUAUCAUCAACAGUACAUCUAAUUAGCGGCAAUUUCCAACAUAUAAUAAAUAGUAAACCAAAAAUGCAUUAAUACUGGGAUUAAAGGAGAAUUCUGGUUUAUUUUUACCUGCUGUUUUCCUUUAUUGUCUAUUGUGGCUCUACAUGUGAUGCACUCACAUUUUACAUAUUUAGCACCAGCUCCUUGCAGCUCUCCAAAGAAAACAGAUUUCUGUUACAUAAAUUACUUUAAAUUUUCAGCCACCUCGAAUGGACUUUUAGAGAGCUGAAAGUCUCCAUUUCUUUCUUCCAAAUGGUGAUAAGGGGAUGUUUAUCAGAGCUUCAGGUUCAUUAUUUAUAGUUGCACAGCUGGCUCUCACUAAUCCACGGACACAUGGAGGUUUUGUCCAUUCUGCCAUCAGAAGGCUCCACAUGUUUCAAGUCAUUUUGGGCAGUUUCUGAGUCAUUUUAGAUCCAUUUUGAGUAAUUUUGGCAUGGGUUCAUGUUGUUUUGGCCAAUUUCUGACUCAUUUUUGGACACAUUUGGGGUCAUUUUGUAGAUUCUUCUCUUAGUCUGCCAUCACCAGGUUUCACUCUUUGUAGCGACAGUUGAAUUUUAAGUCAAAAUUCUGGUAAAAUACUCUUGUCAUUCUGCCUCCAUCCUCAUAGUAAAAGUUAGACUCGCGUGUAAACAAACCAAUGGUUGAACAUGCUGGUGAUCACGUCAGACAACAAAUGUCCUGGAUGGAGAUCAUAAAAGCAACCGCAAUGCGUUAGAUGCAUAAAUGCGUAGUGGUUAGCACUUUUCGCCUUGCAGCAAGAAGAUCCCCGGUUCAAAUCCCGGUCUGGGCCUGGGGUCUUUCUGCAUGGAGUUUGCAUGUUCUCCCUGUGCAUGCGUGGGUUUUCUCCGGGUACUCCGGCUUCCUUCCACAGUCCAAAAAUAUGCUGAGGUUAAUUGAUUACUCUAAAUUGCCCGUAGGUGUGAAUGUGAAUGUGAUUGUUUGUCUGUAUAUGUAGCCCUGUGACAGACUGGCGACCUGUCCAGGGUGUCCCCUGCCUUCGCCCGAGUCAGCUGGGAUAGGCUAUAGCACCCCCCGCGACCCUCGUAAGGAUAAAGCGGUGUAUAGAGAAUGGAUGGAUGGAUGUGUCCAUGAUGCAUUUUUAUGCAUAUUUUGAAAUACUGCAUUAAAAGAGGUUAAAGGAAGCACCAGAAUUUAAAAAAAAAAACUUACCCAAUUUACAUGUUUGCAGAAAUUUGCACCCAUGUGAGUUUUUUUUUUUUUUUUUUUUUACUUUUUUAUAAAGAAUUAGUGUUCUUCAUGGGAGGUAAAAACAACUUUUCUGAAUUUUUUAUUUUUUUUUUUACCUCUAGACAGCAUGAAGAAUGUCAUUAACCAGCUGGCAUGAAAGAAUAAGUACAUUUCCUGAAAGUUUUUUCUCUAUUUUUCUCUUCCAGAUGCACAAAGUUGUUGUUUUUUAGCAGUUGGCAAACAGCUGAUUUUGUUUCUGGUUUCUUCUGCUCUUCUUCUACUACAGCUAACGUAGCCUUUAGCACCACCUUCAGGUUACUCUCAGUAGCCUAAUUUAUUCACAACAAAGCCCGUAUUUUUCUUUUUUUUUUUGCAAGAUUUCCAAAGCUUGCUUCACAUUUUCUUGGCAAUAUCACGUCUAAUGAAUAAAAAUCUGCUGUCAAAAUCUGCUUUCUUUAGAAGUCUGCAGGGUGCUUGUGCUAAUUAGCUCAAUAAACACCAUUUACAAGCUGUUUGGUGUCACUUAUCACUUCCCAGAAUAACUACAACAGAGGUGCAAAGAGACACAAUUAGACACCUCCUAAAUGAGAAAUGCUGCAGGUCAAAAUAAACCAUAACUCUCUUUGUUUGUUUUGUUUCUGUUCAGUUUGAGACCGUUUGAUUGGAUUGUCUGCAUGUGAAUAUUAAGGCUUCGUCUGAAUGUCGACAGCAAGUUAAAUGUAGCGGAUUUGAACAAGUUUAGAGACAAAACUGAGUGUUUAAGUCAAAAUAUUGCCAAGUUAUUUUCUAGAAGGUGUGACAAACUGGUAUUUGUCAGCAUUUACACACAAUAAGUUCGGACUUAACACACUAUGUUUAUUGAACUCUCUGUAUGAGCGUAGCCAGUUAGAUUCACAGCACCGAAUGAUGCUGUUUAUAGCUUUUAGCUCAGUUUGUCUGGAGAUUAAAGUCUCUAGAACUCCUGUUAUGUUUUUUUUGUCAUGUCAGGGGUUCGGAAGCUUUGUGGGUCAGAUUUAUCAAUGAAUUCCAGUUAAUUACUUGCAAAUCUAAGUAAGAAUAGUAUCCUAGCAUGAGUUUUCUCUCUUUAACCGUGGUCAAAAUGGCGUCGAAAUGAUACGCUUUGCUUUUUUGAGAAAGAACCGGAGGAUAAGUCGCAUCAUGGGCUCAGUCAUGAAUGUCAAUGAACCACCAGGAUGGAAGAAGCUCGUCCUGAUAACGCACAAGAUCAGUCGGAAGUCUCUCCACGCCUCCGUCAUCUGGCUCGAGUGUGACUGUGAAAGUUCUCUUUGCUGUGUGAAUCCACUUCCUAUGGUGUGAAAAUGGGGGGAAAUAUAUUAAUAAAGGUGCCUGUCAUUUCCAGCAGACGGUUCUUAGCUAGAAAUCUUUAUAUUUCAUAUCGAGUCUGAGAAGAUGGUGUUUGAAUUUUAUAAUCCAAAUACAUUCUUAACUGAAAGUUGUAAUAAAAUCUUGUUUGAAAAGA